CCUCCUGUCCUCUCUGCAGGCCAGCGCCUGCCAGGCCUGCGCUGGGGCAGGAAAGGGGAGGGGUGUUCCUUCUGGAAUGGAGAGUGUGGGAGGCCAGCAAGCCUUGGGGAGAGUGAGGGGCCACAGCCUGUACCAAACCAGGAGACCGGGAGAGUCACCGAUGAAAGGAGCGUGAGAGGGAGGGCCCUGGGGCCCAGCUGUGCAUUUUGCAGGAGAGCAAACUGAAGUCCAGACAGAACAAGUGACUUGCCCAAGGUCACACAGCAAGUAAGUAAAAGAGGAUCGAGAUGACCACAGCCACCCCUUUGGGGGGUACCACCUUCUUCUCACUGAACGUGACCACCGGGGGAGAAGACUUUCUGUACAAGAGUUCCGGAGCCAUCGUCGCUGCCAUUGUGGUGGUUGUCAUCAUCAUCUUCACCGUGGUUCUGAUCCUGCUGAAGAUGUACAACAGGAAAAUGAGGACCAGGCGGGAGCUGGAGCCCAAGGGCCCCAAGCCAGCCUCCCCUUCUGCCCUGGACCCAAACAGCAACAGCAGCCAGCACCCUGCAACUGUGACCUUCAGUCCCGUUGACGUCCACGUGGAGACUCGGUGACCCCACCCUGGUGCUAUCUCAGCCACUGUCCAAGGAGCCUUCUGCAGUCAAGACCAAGAAGCACAUUUCUCCUCUGGCAGCUUCACCAUGAGUUCCUUCCGGUCAGGUCGACAGGGGCAUCUCUUAUGCAAUCCCUGACGCUUCAGGCAACCCCCAACCCCAUCCUGGCCUGCCGCUCCCCAGCUACGUCCACCUGCCUGCUGCCACCCUUCCAAAAAGCUGUGGAACUGUCUUUUGUCAUCUGAUGCAGUAGAGCUAUGUUGGGAAUCCACUAAUGUGGGUUUGGCUGUCUCCUCCCAAACACGAUAGCUAGACAGACAGAGAGAUAGCCCUGGAGUCAGGGGUCACAACAGGGUGUGCCAGUGGGGUCAUAUCAGAGUAAGGGCCAUAUGCACAGCUUUGCAGAGCAAAAUAUUCAAUCCUAUAAUCAGGCACAGGGCAACUAACUUGGCCUAACUAGCCAGAAAACCAACUGGAUAAUUUAUAAUGUGUUCCAGGACCAGAUGACUGCCAGCUGGCUCAUGACAAUGGGCAGCACAUUUUUCCCUCUUUAAGAAAGGUUAUGGGAAAGACUGAGUUCUUCUCAAAGGUUUCUACUUCAUUAGUAAAGCAUCAGAGUAGAAAGAAUAGAGUGACUUUGAGGAAUAAUGGCCUCCAGCACAAAAGCUUAUUGCAGUGUCCAGAGGCCCGGGGCCAGCCUGGUGGCUGGUUAGGACCCCUCCUCUCCCUCUGGGGCUGGACUAACCCUGACUCAUUCUCAUUUCUUGGCUCCCUUCUAUCUGGAUUCUGGGCAAUCCUUAUUCUCUGGUUAACACCUUAUCUGCGAGGACCCGUGUUUGGUGACUGAUUAGAUUACAACUGUGUUUAUGUUACCCAUGCCCUUCCUGGUCACCUUGGAGAGAUUCAGGACAUAUUCAGAGAACCACACUCACAAACCAUCUCUCUGCACAGAGCUGAUCUCUUUGACUCCUUAGCCUGGAGAACCGUUCAUUGAGAGGGAAAAGCAUUUUGGAAUUAAGAAGACCUGCUUUCUAGGCUCUACCUCCUGGUUUCGUGGCCUUGGAAAAGGGACUUGACCUCUGCACAUUCGGCUCCCUAACCAGGAAGUGAGAAUGGUAACACCUGCCUCAUGGCAGAUCUGUUAUUAUUAUAACAAGUCGAGGACUUAGGAAAGCGGCUCCGAUAGUGUCUGGCCCAGCAGAUGCUUAGUACAUGGGAGCCAGCAUUAUUUUUACAAUAUUUCUUCAGUUGCAAGACACACAUUUGUUCACAUUUUAAUGAUUCUGAAAUCAGAAUAUGUCUGCAAAUUGAUGAGUCCAUUAAUGUAGUUGCAUUUUUUUUCCCCUCCAUCUCAAAAAGCUAUUUUUUAAUCAAUUGUGCAUCUUACAAUUGGAGGCAUCUUGGAAACAGGGUAAUAAAUCUUUAGUCUGCUACAGACAGUGACACAUUCUGACAUUUCACCUCAAAUUCUAGGAGCUUCUCCCUUUGGGGAUCAGAAAUCCCCAUGUGAGGGGAAAGUGAGAGUCAGGGAGGUCAGAAGACUGACCCAGGAUCACACAGCUCAUGUCAUCUCACCAUGAAUAUGCUCACUUGAAUAUGUCUGGAGAAGUACUGGCAAUUCUUCCUACCUGGACAUCUUUCUCCCGCUGUGUUUAAAUAUCCACCAAAUACCAGGCACUUUGCAAGAUGCUUCUAAGUUAUCUCAUAGGAUUUAUUUUUCCCAGUAACCCUGGGAGGUAUUAUGUUUUCCAUUUGCAGAUGAGAAUUUCAGACUCAAAGAGGAAAAGUACUUGCCCAAAGUCACACAGCUAGUAAGUUGCAAAGGCAAGACUCAAAGCCAGGUAUCUGUGACUCCAGAGUCCAUCAUUUUGUUGUAUCGAACUCUUCUCUACUAUCCUGGCUCAAAGAACUGGGAUCAUGGGCUGACCAAAAGGAGGGCCGGUUUGUCCGUAUGUCUGAGUAGGGGUCAGAGGUCUGGUUUCCAAACCAAAAGUGGAGGUAAAGCCACUUCGGUAGCCUCCUUUGGGCUUCCACAACUGUAGCCAAAUGAACCCUCUCUAAACCCAUCCAAGCUCUGAGGACUCCUGCUGUGUUCCCCUGCCAUGUAGGGCCAAGGAGCAAAGGGUGGGACAGAGCAAAGCCAUUUCUUUAAGGCCUCAAGCCCCAAAGAAAUAUGUUUCCCAAACAUAAUCUGCUUUAAAAACAAAAUUGUUUGGAAUGGUUCAGCCCUAAAACCAGACUCUUCUGCCCACGCUGGAAUCUUCCUGGAAUUAUUAGAGGAAUUUUCCUCUAGUGUAUGUUCUUUUGCUGAAUGAAAGCUUGUAAAUGGAGGAAAGAGGGGGAUGUGGAGAGAUGAGGGGGAGGCGAAUCGAAGGGUUUUGGUGUUUUGUUUUUAACUAAUGACGCUAACUCAGUAAACACCCUUUCAGGCUCCUAUGUGCAGGUUGAGGUGCUACUAAGCACAGUCGGUGGCGGUCCCUGCUCCCGGGGACGCUCAGCUGCUCUCCGGCGACAGGGAUCUUGCAACACAGUGCCUUCCCUAACUGAGCAGAUGCUGCCUCACUCGGCCAGUGAAUCAAUAAAAGAUGUUAAACGCUUAAAGGAAAAUGUCUAAAAAUAAAAAGGUUUAAAGCAAA